AUGAUUUCCAAGAUCCUUCCCGUCGCCGCCCUUGCUGGUGUAGCUAUCGCUGCUUCCACCUGCCCUCUUUCCGUUGAGAUUUCUGGUACCACCGAUCACAUUGCUCAAGUCGCAGUCACAAACACCGGUGCCGAGGCUAUCACUGUCUUCAAGGGUAACACGGUCUUAAGUGACCAUGCUACUUUGGAUCUCGUAGCUUCCGCAAAUGCCGCGGAUCUUGAAUUCAAGGGAACCUAUGUUAACUACAAACGUACCGGUCUCAAUGCCUCUAUGUUUCAAGUAAUUCAAGCUGGCGAGACAGUUACCGCUUCUGUCAACGCAGCUAAGACCUAUAACCUUGAAGGCCUCGAGACAGUUGAUAUCACUGCCAUCCAAGGUUUCAGAUACGUAACAGGAGAAGUAGCGCCAGCCUCGAUUGGCGAAACUACUCUCUGCGGCGACAUCACAUCCAACACUGUUACUAUCACUCCCGAUCAAAGCAAGGUUUCAUCUGAUCUCAUCUCUAGAAGCGAACCUGCUUCCAUGUCCCGCAUCCAAAAGCGUGCCGUGACCUACAGCAGUUGCUCCACUGCACAAACCAGCUCCCUUAAAACCACCGUCUCCGAUGCCAUCACCCUCGCUACCAACGCUUACACCGCUGCUGGUUCCGCUGCUGAUUACUUCACCACCUGGUUCAAGUCUACCUCUGAGGAAACCCUCGUCCGCAGCAUCUACACCGACGUCAAGAAUGUCCAAACCAAAUCUCCCAAGAUUUCCUGCACCGAUACUUAUGGAGAUUGCUCUGACGGAAGUGCAUUACUCUACACCGUUCCCACUGCCAACGUCAUUGUUCCUUGCCCAAACAAUGGAUACUGGGGCUUCCCUGAGUAUUCUUCCACUUGUGCGGAUUUCGAUUAUGAUCGUGCAGGAAGUCUCUUGCAUGAGAUGACUCAUUUGUAUGGUACUGAAGAUUGGGCCUAUGGACCAGCUGCUGCUAAGGGUUUGUCGGCUGCUAAUGCUGCUAAUAAUGCGGACACCUAUGAGAUGUAUGCUGGAAGUACCGUUCACCCUUCUAGUCUUCGACAUACAAACAUCACAUACACGUACACACCCCGAAAUCUCCACAUCCAAAAAAAAUUUACACUCCCACCAACCCGCCUCCUAGGCCCCCUCGCCGUCCUCUUCGCCCUAUCCAGCAUAUCCCCACCAUCCACUCUCGCCGCAGCCCUUCGCAAGUCACAAAGCUACACAUGGCCCGACCUCCAAGACCUCUCCAUCCACUCUCAUUACUGCGAUAAAACCUUCCAGCCCAUGAAAGCCGGCUACUGCACCAUCACCAACCUGAUGAACGACCCCGUUGCCGACAAGCCCCCGAGCAAAAACUACUUUGCUUCUGUACAAUUCCAGCUGUGCUCUCAUCGGACAGCAGGACAACAUUUCCAUUCGCCAGACGGAUGUUAA